UCCCUGCUUUCAAUCUUCCUGCGUGUCGCAUCUCGCCUGCUUCCUCGGCUAUUAUUUGACUCAGUCCAACAAAACGCCCCGGCGCUGUGACGCGCGCGCGCGCGCCCGCGCUUCGCUACGUUUUGCAGUCCCCUAAUCGCGCUCUUAUUUGUUUAUUUUUCGUUCGGGCCCUGCUCCAUCUCCCCUUCCCUCUUUUUAACUCAAUUGAAUCUCCGCUGGGCAUCUUCUAUGUCGCGCUUUCUUCCUUUCUUUUCGCGGGACUCAAUUCUUAUCAGCCCUCUCCCGUUCACUCCAAGUGGCAUUUGUUUGUUUGUUGCCCGCGAAGGGAGAAGAGGGCGGUUUUGAGAGCGGGCGCGUCUUGUGGUGGGUGGCGCUUGUUCCCCGCGCUUGCACGGAGGACAGAAGCAACCGCGGGCGGGAUAUUCCCUACUUUCCCUCUCCUCCGCCCACGUUCCUCCUCGCUCAACCUCCCCCCUCCCCCCCCCCCCCCCCCGCGCACAGCAAGAUGUUCACCUGCCGCAGCCAAGUGUAAAAGCGCGGUGCCUCCUCCUACAGGUCCCCGCUCAAAAGCCCACCGGAGGUCCACUCGCGCGAACCCGCGGCUAGCCCCGAACGAACGGCGGCGUGGUGCCUGCGUCAAAGCCCACGUCCGAGUGACACCCGCACGGCUACAUUGUCCGCAUCACGAGGCCCCGCAAUAGACGGCUUCGAGAACGGUCCGCAGGGCGCCCUGGACCACGACGGCGCCUAAUCUGCGAGCGCAGUGUGACCUACAGAGAGCCCUGGUCGUCAACGAACGUGCGGCGUACAGCUCGGCCCGAGCGUCGACCGAGCGAUCUCCUCCCGUCGUCACAACAGCGAUCGACGACGCCGCCUACGCGCGUUUCGCAACGCGCUUUGACGUCGCGCUGCUGGCACGCUGACAAUCGGCGGCUCGUUCGGCGAACCGGGAACGGCGCGUCGCUUCUUCACGACUUGUGCAGUCCAGCGCGCGCGUGUCGUCGUCAACUGCGAGCGAAGAGGUGAAACAAGAAGUGGCCAUCGCAGCCGCCCGAAGCCCCUCUGCGAGCGUGUGCUUUGACCCCGCGCCACCUUGCUGGAUGGGCACACCCGCGGAGACCAGUGACCCCGUCGAGUGAAAGCCGCGUCGGAGUUGACCAACCCGCCAGAAACUUCCACAAGGACAUCGAGCGCUUAUAAACCAGGCGCUCGGGUGCAUUGACGGGGUUUGUCCGAGGCCAGUGGCCCGCAUCGGAUCCUCGGCCAGAGACCAACGGCGUGCGCCACAGAGACGGCGGCCACAGGCUGACUGCAGGAGUGCUUCCACAAGAGAUCGGUGGCAGAGUGCGCAGUACAGCAUGAGGACACGGAGUAGCCUCCACGUUCAUCUGCUGGUGGUGCUGGUUUCGCUGCUGGCGUUCACCGCCCAUAUUUCGGUGGCUCGGGCCUCCGAUAACCAUGUGCUGCUGGACCGGCUGCAGGAGGUGCUGGACUCUCCGGCGAGCCGCAUCGGGGCCCGCUGCCGAAACGACACGCUCUUCUACCUGGACCGCCUGAGGAACGGCUCGCCGUGGGCACUCAAGAUGUUCGACAGUACGGCCAAACCCGAGAGCGGUGUGCUGACCGGAGGCCUGACCUUCCUGGGCUACUACUCGGAGUGCAUCGCAGCGCUACAGCCAGGACGCCGCACGGCCACCGCCAACGAGUCACAAGUACCGCCAUUCACCAGCACCUACUGCCUGGCCACCGUCAGCUUCGCAAACGCCCAGCGGUGGCCGCCCAAGGGUUUUCCAGAGUACUUGUGGAAUGAGCUCCACGGCAACAGCAUGCGGUUCGGACUCUGCGUACCAUCCACCUGCGGAGAGAAGGAGAUCACGGAGCUGGCCGCCGAGUUCGUUCAGGCAUUCGACCGAGGCGUAAACGCGACCUCUACGGCCUGCUCGCCCAGCCAGGAGCCCUACAUUUCCAACGUUCCAGCGCUUUCAGUCACGUGCGUCCUCCUGUUGUUCGUUGCCAUGGUGUUCGUGGGCACGGCGUAUGAUGUGGCGCGGUCCUUUCGCUCGUCCCACAAGAAGCCUUCGUCCUCUCGAAGCGUGGACACCACCAUGGCUUCCAACGAAGGCCUUGUCAGCGGAGGAUCCAUGGGGGACGGCGGUAGGAAAUGUUCUACGCCGAGGAGUUUGGCACUUCUGGCGCCUGCUAGGAGUUGGAGCACCUUCAACCGCGCACUUCUCGCUUUCUCCGUGCUCGCGAAUGGGGCCAAGAUGUUCAACACGAGCGGAACGAAGGAGUUCAUCCAGGUGAUCCAUGGACUGCGUUUCUUCAGCAUGGCCUGGAUCAUCUUGGGCCACUCGUUCUCCUUUUCCAAGCAGUGGGUCACCUAUCGGAAUAUGGACGACCUGCUAGUCAUUCACAAGGACAUCAUAACUCAAGGCCUCGCCAAUGGUACCGUGACUGUGGAUACGUUUUUCUUCAUAAGCGGCCUUCUAGUUGUCUACGUGACAUUAAAGCAGUUGGCAUCAAAUGGCGGAACUAAACGCUGGUUGGUCUUCUACCUCCACAGGUACUGGAGGAUGACGCCGCUGAUGAUGGCGGUGAUCGCUUUCUGCGCCGUGCUGCUACCUUACUGCGGCGAUGGACCGCGCUGGAAGGAGUCCAUCGCCACCUACGACCUGACCUGCAAGGCCAACUGGUGGGUCAACGCCAUGUACCUGCAAAACUUCAUUCACCGGACGGAAAUGUGCCUCAACCACACCUGGUACUCGGCUGUGGACUUCCAGUUUUACUUCAUAUCGCCGGCCAUAAUCAUCGCUCUCUACAGGAAGCCAAAGCUGGGCCUGUUGCUGAUCGCUAUGCUGCUGCUGGGAACUACAAGCUUCACAGCGGCCUACACUGCCAUCUACGACUAUCCAGCAGCGCCGUACAUGUCGGACAUAACACCCUUGGAUAAGAUGAACGAUUUCAUGGGCUACGUGUACGUCAAGCCGUACUGUCGUAUUGGUCCGUUCCUUGUCGGCAUGGCAACCGGUUACGUUCUUGACCGCACGCAGGGGUCAAGCAUCAUCAGAAAGCGCUACGUGUGGCUCGGAUGGACGACGUGUGCGUUCAUGAUGCUGGGCGUGCUGUACGCCAUGUGGCCCGCCAACACCGGCGAGUCAAAACCCUCCAUCGCUUGGGCGGCCGUCUACGGAGGCUUCGCUCGCUCCAUCUGGGCGCUCGGCCUUGCGUGGAUCAUCUUUGCCUCAGUCGCCGGCUAUGGCGGUGUGGUGAGCAAAAUUCUCUCGUGGAAAGCCCUGGUGCCCCUGAGCCGGUUAACCUUCUGCGCGUACAUCAUUCACCCGGUGCUGAUGGUCAUCUUUUACGGCUCGAGGGAAGAGAGCUUCGACUACUCUUCGUACCUGCUGAUAUACUUCGCCAUAGGAAACAUCGUCCUAACGUACAUGGCUUCCCUAGUCUUGAACCUCGUCUUCGAGGCGCCCAUCAUCGGGCUGGAGAAAGUGCUGCUGAACAGGAAGUGAGACGGGUCUCCGGUCACAGAAACCAGCGCCUCGACACCGACGUAGGUGCCAGCGCAAGCACUGGAGCACGCACCGGGGCCGUUCACUGUGAUACACGCAUCUUAGGCCCCGUGAUCGACAGACGGACUGACAUGCUGGCUGGUGCCAUGCUGUGCAAUUCUCGUGAACCCUGUUAGCACGAGCGGUGCUGUAGUCUGCGUCAUUCGCGUGUGGACAAUGGAGCUUAGCUAAGCGGCUGCGUUACACGGAAACGGCCACUACGACAGCUGCUGCCUCAAUCAAAUGAAUGCUUGUGGGCGGAACGCCAAUGUGUUUAUGUGCGGAGACAGCCACGAGCGAGCACUUGAUUCCAAUGCAAAUCAAAAUGGUGGUGUUGUUCCAAGGAGUACGUGGCACUCCCCUUAGUGAUGUGGCAUCUAGACAAGAGGACUUCUGGUUACUUAUACCUGGUUUGUUAUGGCAGAGAACCAUUGCUUCAACUCGAUGUAUCGCGGCUUUGUUAAAUGUCGCUGUUGCGGGAUUUCGCCUGAAAGCUAUCACAGGUGCAAGGGACAGCUGCUCCAGGAUUUAUUUCGUUCGCCUAAGGUAACGCAUCUCUGCAUGAAGUGUGGGACCUGCUGGGCCUCUCGUGGCCUUUAAGUGUUAUUGUGGCACCUUCGCGUCGUCAGGAAAAGGAAAAUUGUCCUCCACCCGAAAGUAACACGAAGAUGCACGGUGAAGCUCUGCCUUCGUCUCGCCAGGAUGUGUGAGUUGGUCAAAGAGGUGAGACUUGAGCUCAUCAACAGACGUGUUACGUCGUGCAAAAAAGUUGUUUCGCAUAAUGGACGUCUUGACGCUGUCAUUUUACAUGACGCAAGAGUUGUUUCAUUUUUGUUUCAAAUGGGCAUUCAGUGUGUUCGUGUGUUCGCUAUUCUCACUGACGUUUCCUUUAAAGACUUAUGUAAAAAUAAAACCUCAUAAACGAGAUAACCAUUACUAAACGCUCUACAAAGACUGAGCACGUGAAUGAAUGCGCCUAUGUGCAGCAAACUUGAGUGGAAGUCAUAGUAAUGCCAGUAGAGUAAAAUCAAAUGAAAUGUAUUGUUGAAUUGGAACGAUGCGACAAAAUUCAAGGCACUGCGUCUUUCAGAAUGGUGCAGUGACAACUUACCUUUACAUCAAAUUACCUCCUAAAUGAAGAGCCAUUGUAAGUGCGAGCCUUGUAGCGACAUUACUGUGUGUUCAAACGGCAGUACAAAGUUAUGUUUCACAAAUAUAUUUAAAUUUAUUGAGUGGUUGCUACUAUUUCUCGCUUAUUCCUUGUGUAAUCUGAAAUGAUCUGAUGUACUUAAUAAGUUGUUUUACAGCGAAGCUUUUAGCCUCUUGUUGGUCGGAAUAUUUCGUGUCCGCGUGCGUGGUGCUCACACAAAAAUGGGGGUCCAGAGACAGUGCAAAGAUACCAGAGACAGUGCAAAGAAGCGGGAAGCGCACAGUGUGCUGCUUCUCCAAGAGACAUCACAUGACUUCAUCAGGUGACGUUAUCACAUGGCGAAGACGUCAUCGCGUGACAUCACGUUUGACUUGAUGACGUCAUCAGAUUACGUUAUCAGGCGAAUCGUCACGUGACAAUGCCGUUAUUCUCGUACAUUCGAAUUACAAUCCGAAGCUAUCAUGUCUGCAGCUUGUGUGUAAGUCUUACUUUACGAAUUAUCUGACGCAAUUUACUUUGAAAAAUUGAAUUAGGUCAAUAAGGCACUUGCGCUCGGCGGAGGGCGUAGAGGAAUGAGCAUGUAUGCUGCACUUACGCACACUUGCGCGCGUGGCGUAUACGUCGCUUGAGGCGUUGGUGCUUGUCUAACGUCGGCGACAGCUUCGCUGUACAUCAACUUUUACAAGAAGGAGUGGAGGCGGAUUUUUUUUUUUGUUUACAUGUCACACCGCUUGCAAGAAUGUUUUAUUUCCAUAGCGAAAUGUAUACGUCCACGGUGAAAAAAAAGUAAUCAUAGGAGGAACCUUUGAGACAAGAUCACACACACACACACACAAAUAUUUUGCGAGAGUUGUUCCUGUAUAAACGUAGGAGUUGUCUGUUCUUGUUUUUACUUUGCCAACUACGUUUGGAACUUGUUUUGUUGAGAACUUCCAGCUAUGCUUUUCAUCGCCGUCAAUGCUUGUAGCUUGACGCCAGAGUUCAUGAUUCAUCCAUUGUUGUUCUUGUUGCUCAUCUAUGCAAGUACCUUCAUCAUCUCCUAGAGCAAGCUGCUAUUAAUAUAGGCACGCGUGCGUAAAGCACUCAAAUAAAGCGAAAGUACGCGAAAGAAA